UCUGUAUGAUCGGUACAAGUUGUUUAAUUAAAUAUACAAUAAAUAAUAUCAACACAAUUUGUUAUUGGAAAAAUGUUCGAGCCAACAGAGCAGGGAAAGGAUCUUUGCAUCCAUACUGGGGUUGUCCUAAGAGGAACAAAUAUCAGAGAGGAUGAAGUACACAGUUUGGGAACAUUGAACAUUGUUGAAUACAGUUUUGGUAAAUGCAUUGAAUGGAAAUUACUUGAAGUGUCAGUUGUAUCAGAAAAUCAAGAUCAAGAUCCUGAAUGGUCUGUUGUUGAAUCACACACAAGACGUACAAGAACAUCAUCAGAAGGUCCUGAUUCAUUAGGAAAAACACGUACAGUUAGAAUAUUAUUUUCUGAUUUAAAAUCAAUUCGUAUUAAUCAUGGUGGACAACAAUUAAUAUUUAUGCAACGUGAUGGUACAAUAUACGUUGCAUUUUUUCAAUUAUUAAAUGCUGAUAGUUUUGUUAAUUCAUUAAAAGGUUUUAUUAAAUUUGUUAAAUCAAAAAGUGAUAAAAAUUUAUAUAUUGUACUUGAUGAAUACAGUAAUGUAUUGAGUAAAUCAUUUGCUGAAUUGGAUUUAUUUCAAGAAAAUACAUCAUCAGAUUAUGUAUGGAGUUUUGUUAGAAAUUUACAUAAUAGACCAUAUGAAACAACACUUGAAGCAUUUAGUAAAUUGGCUGAUGUAUGGUUGUAUAAAGAGCCAAUAAAACAACCAGUUGAAGAAGCUGUUGCUGAUUUAUUAAAUAGAUCAUUGACAACUGAAUUAUCACAGAAAUUGGGCUCAACUGGAUCAGGUGAAGAGUACGAAGUUAUUGAACAACCUCAAGUUAAAAUUAUUCUUACACCGAGACCACCAUGUCCACGUGGUGCACCAUUAUCACAAGAUCAAUGGGAUAAUUGUAAAGAUCAAUAUGGUAGAAUUACAAAUCCUGAUGUUAUACGUGAAAUUAUAUUUCGUGGUGGUAUUAUUCCAUCAUUGAGAUAUGAAGUAUGGAAAUUUCUGUUAAAUUAUUAUCCAUGGAAUUCAACAUUUACAGAAAGAAUUGAACUUAGAAAAAUUAAAACUGAUGAAUAUUAUAGAAUGAAAUUACAAUGGAAAUCAAUUUCAGUAGAACAAGAAAAUAGAUUUACUGAUUUUCGUGAUAGAAAAAGUUUAAUUGAAAAAGAUGUUAAUAGAACUGACAGAAAUCAUCCAUAUUAUUCUGGUGAAAAUAAUCCACAUUUAUCACAACUUUAUGACAUUUUAAUGACAUAUGUCAUGUAUAAUUUUGACUUGGGCUAUGUCCAGGGAAUGAGUGACUUAUUGAGUCCAAUAUUAUGUUUAAUGGACAAUGAAGUUGAUGCAUUUUGGAGUUUCGUUGGAUUCAUGAACAAAGUGAGUUCAAAUUUUGAAAUGGAUCAAGCUGGAAUGAAGUCUCAAUUGUGUCAACUUCAUAAUCUUUUAAAUGUCACUGAGCCACAUUUAGCACAAUAUUUAAAUCGACAUGAAUCAGGAAAUAUGUUUUUCUGUUUUCGAUGGUUACUUGUACUUUUUAAACGUGAAUUUAAUGCUAUUGACAUUAUUAAAUUGUGGGAAAUAUUGUGGACAGAUUUACCAUGUAAAAAUUUUCAUCUAUUAAUUUGUGCUGCUAUAUUGGAUACAGAAAAAAAUAUUUUAAUGGAAAAUAAAUAUGGAUUUACAGAAAUUCUUAAGCAUGUCAAUGAUUUGAGUUUGCACAUUGAGCUGCCAUGGACACUGUCAAAAGCUGAAGGUAUUUAUCAUCAAUUGAUGGCAGCUGCACCAAAAUUACCUGACAAUGUUAGAGUUAUCAUUGGUCUUGAGCCAUUAAACAAAUCUUCAAUGUCAAGUGAUAGUGAAGAAGACAAUAGUGACUCAAGUCGUGACCAGUCAACAUCAGCAAACAGAAGUGGUAAUUCAAGAAAAAAUAGCAUUAGCAGUGACAAUAUAAAACUUGGUAAUAAUGAGGUAUCUUUUGAACGAGGCAUUAAUAUGUCAUACAUGUAAAAAAAAAUCAAUUUUAUUCAAAUAAUACAACACUACUUGUCAAUAAAUAAUAUUGAAUUAUCAUGAUAAUAAACUAUCAAGGACAUAAUUAAUUUAAGUUUAAUAUUUAAUGACUCAGUUAACAAAAAAAAAAAAAAAUGAAGAUUACACAAUUUUAUAGAUUUAAAGUUUUUAGUCGUCACAAAAAGAAAAAACAAAAUAUACAAAAAAGGUUGAUACUUGUUAAAAAUUUGUUUGGUGUACUGCACGUGCAAUUUUAAAAAGUAUUAUCUGAAAUUUAUUAAUAUAUUUGGGAUUAAUAACGAUUAACGAUUAAAAUUAUUAUUUAUAAGGAAUUUUUGUUUGUAUGUUGUUUAUUAGAUUUGUAUGGAAUAUAUAAAAAGUAAUAUAGUCAUAAAUUUAUUGGAAA